UUAUUAACGGUGAAAAAAAAAAAAAAAACCUGCCAGUCAAAACGAUUUAGUUUGGCUCCCGACCCUCGCACUCAAUCACCAAUCUGUCUUUUUCCCCUUUUCUCUCGACAUAUCUCUCUGUCGGAGUCUCAUCCUCGCUCCCUCUUCGUUCCUCAGGGGUUUUCUCCGGCCUUCGUUUGAUCUUCGGGCGGCUAUAAUUUCCUAUGAGCUUUCCAUCCGGAUGAAGUGAGGCAAUUUUACUGAUGGCUGACUUACCAGGCUAUGUUAGGGCCUGCUUGCACACUGGCCAACUUGCUUUUUUGGCUAUUUUGGUCUCCGGAGGGAUUGUGUUACAAAUAUUGGCAUGUGCUUUGUACAAUAACUGGUGGCCAAUGCUAUCUCUUAUCAUGUACGUGCUUCUCCCUAUGCCAUUACUGUUUUUUGUGGGAUCUGAUGGCAAUGCUCUAUUUUCUGAAUCUGACAAUAGCUGGGUGAAUGCAACCAAGUUCUUGACUGGUGCUUCAUCGGUUGGAAGUAUUGCCAUACCGGCUAUCUUAAAGCAUGCUGGUGUAAUUGGUUGGGGCGCAAUGGCAAUGGAGUUUUCAUCCUUCUUCAUAUUUGUACUUGCCAUAAUGUGUUACAUUCGCAUGAAUGAUGAAGACAAUUAUUACUCUGCCAUCUGAGAUCUAACCCUUCAAAAUGCAACUGCCUCAUUUGUGUAAAGAUAAAUCAUGAUUGUUUAUAUUGCAAUUCUUGUGUAAAGAAAAUGUUGGUUCAAAAUGUGUGAGGCUUGGUUUUGCCAUUCGUUUUCCUCUA